GCGGCGCAGUGUCCGCGAGCGCGCUUGUGUUCGGGGUCAAAGGUUGUUUCGCCAUCCUCGUGUUGUCAGUACUGCGAGGCUGUAAACUUUCACGAGGAAGGAUCAAAUAAACGAAUCAUGUCAUACACGUGCAUCAGCUGCCGUGUGCAGUUCUCUGAUGGGGAGGUCCAGCGGGCGCAUUAUAAAACAGACUGGCACCGCUACAAUCUGAAGAGAAAGGUUGCAGACAUGCCUCCGGUCACCGCAGAAAACUUCCAGGAGCGAGUGCUGGCACAGCGGGUGGCAGCCGAGCAGGAGAGUCAGAGCGGCGGACACGGCUCGGCCUACUGUGCCACCUGCAACAAAAAAUUCUCCACUGAAAACGCUUACAACAAUCACAUCCAAUCCAAUAAGCACCAACAGGCUGAGAGGAAAGCCCUGGCCGUGGCCCGGGAGACUGUCCAGCGAAUGAACGAGAAGAAUCUAGAGAAAGGGGCGGAGCUAGAUAAAAACGCACAGAAUGAAGCGCUUCAGAAAGUGCUCAGGGAGAAGCAGAGACACGCCCCCACCAAAGCUACGCCCCCAGAGAAACGGGUCAGAACGAGACCGGACAAACCGCCUCGGCUGCAGUGGUUCGAGCAGCAGGCCAAGAAGAUCGCUGCGGAGGACGGGGAAGAAGAAGAAGAGGAGGAGGAGGAGGAAUGGGAGGAUGUUGAUGAGGAUGAGGAUAUGGAUGGUGAUGAUGAUGAUGACGAUGAAGAGGAGGAGGAGGAGAUGGAGGAGGACUCCACAUCUGGGGCAGCUCCAGCCCCCGGGGCCAUCCCAGUGACAGACUGUCUGUUCUGCGGACAUCAUUCACGCUCGCUCACCCGAAACAUGACGCACAUGACCAAAACACACAGCUUCUUCCUUCCAGAUAUUGAGUAUCUGGCGAACCUGAGAGGAUUUAUUUCAUACCUAGGAGAGAAGGUUGGAGUUGGCAAAGUGUGCUUAUGGUGUAAUGAAAAAGGGAAGUCAUUCUACACUACAGAAGCGGUUCAGGCACACAUGACCGGCAAGAGUCACUGCAAGCUAUUCACAGACGGAGACGCGGCACUCGAAUUUGCAGACUUUUAUGACUUCAGGAGCAGUUAUCCUGAUGCUAAAGAUGGAGAUGACGGGGAGAUGAAGGACGGUGAACUGCCUGAUGAUAAGACUGUGGAGUUUGAUGAUGAGACGCUGGAGCUCACUUUGCCCUCAGGUGCAAAAAUCGGCCAUCGCUCCUUAAUGAGGUACUAUAAACAGAGGUUUGGUUUUCAGAGGGCAUUGGUUCCAGCUCAUAACCAGAGGGCUGUUGGUCGUGUCCUUAAACAGUACAGAGCACUUGGAUGGGCAGGAGACUUUGGUAAAGGCUUUGUGAGCCAGCAGCAGAAGGACAUGCAGUAUGUGCGGAGGAUGAAGUCCAAGUGGAUGCUUAAGAUGGGCAUGAGCAAUAACGCCACUAAACAGACCCAUUUCAGAGCUCAAGUCAUGUUCUAAACUAAUUGACCUUCAGCAUCAGUAGAUGUUCAGCUUUUCAGAGUUAUUAACAGUUGUCUGAAAUGAUGGUCUGUGUGUUGAUUAAGCUGAGACGCAGAGUGCUGUUAAUAUCAUGAAUAAAGGUGGAACUUCAUACAUGAAUGUGUAAGGCAACAUUGUUGCUUCAGAUGUCUACAUCAUGUGCGUUUCCAAGAGCAACACGUGAUUGCUGAAUUAGGGUUUGAAAAUUGUUCAUAAUGACCUUUGUUAGCAUUUACAAUUUAAUGCUCCUGAAAGACCUACUUCAUAUUUAUAAUUACUGUAUAAAUUCAAAUUAUCAAUAAAAUAAGCAAAGCCUGA